AGGCAGGAGUAGGGGCGGAGGUUGUUCUUGACAGCCUGAAAGUCCAAAUUCUGGGCAACAAAUCCCCCGCACCUGCCGCCGGUCAGCCAGGUUAAUGGAUAAACUUCCUACCUGCUGAAUCAACACUGAAGCCAGCCUGCCGACCGGAAGAUACGCACUGCUGGGUAGAAAUACUGAAAGUGUGUCUUGCUGUGAUGAAAACAAGCAUGUGUUAGAAUGAACACAUUCUGACCGCUUGUUGUGACCACGGUGACUCAUGUCUUUGACACACAAAGCCCACAAACCGACACCGAGCAUCAAGUUUGAAGUUUCACCCACCUGCUAAACUUAACCUCUGAUCGCGGAGAGAUACUGACCGGUAACAGCGACUUCCUAGCGGAUUAGUAGGAGAUGGACCGAUACCGGUACUUCAUUUUCAACCAGAAGAGCGUUCUCGUCCUCGGGAUCCUCCAGCUCGCCUGUACGGGUCUUUGUGUGGUGUGUGGGUUCAUGGACGCGGUUUUUCGCAAGGAUACCCCGCUGAGUACCACCAGGACGCCGGUGUGGGGAGGACUGAUCAUGGCCUCUCCAGGUGUUCUGGCGCUGUUUGCCUCCCAGAGGAAAAACUCAAUACUGGUGAGUGUGAUGGUGGUAGCAGCAGGACUCUCCUGUGCAGCUGCAGUGCUUAUAUCCAGUUACUCCUGCCUGACACUCACCUAUGGAGAGGAGGACAAGGAAGUCUUCCACCACCACGACAGUCCUCAAGUGACGUUCGUGCUCCAUCGGAUGGUGAAGGGGGCUAAUGCCACCAUACUGCUGACCUGCACCAUCAGCCUGGCUCUCUCAUCUGUCAUCGCCUAUGUGGGCUGCCGUAGUCUUCCAUGCUGUGGCUGCUAUGAUGCCAGAACAGGAUUGGAAACACUGGUUCCUCAGUGUGACCCCGGAGAUACUGAAAUGGUUUGUACUUGGCAAGGAGGUGAUGACAGGCUCUUCAACUCUCCAGCUCAGUCCACUGACAGGGGCACCACUGAGGAAGAGAAGGCUCCCUCCGAACUGCCUCCAUAUAGUAGACUGACCUGACACACCUUUUCAUUACAGACUGGUCCUCCACAUUCCUGUUUGUUUCUCCACUCUAGAGAGGUGGGGGAUUAUUAUGGAUUAUAUUUCCUUCAAGUUUGCUUACACAUUUUUUUUAUUUGGAUAAAUGGAGAGAAGAAAUCUCAAGACUAAACUGAGGCUCAAGAUAUCAAAUCAGAAAGUUGUAUACAGUUGUUUUAGUAAGAGAUUAGUUGUUUUUGCUGUUGAUCAGACCAAGCACUUUGGACUGUGGCAGUGUCUAAAUAGCUAUUUGACCGAAGAUUUGUUGCCAAACUUUGUUGAAGUUCAAUAUCUCUGUACAUGUCACAUGUGUAGACUGACAUGCCUUAUUCCUUGUGUGCUGUGUUAAUGUGAGUUAUGCUCUCAGUAUAUAAAUUCUAAAGUGUUCUACUUGUAUUUAAUAAAGAAAACCUGACUGAGUUGUUCGAAC